UCCUUCCCAUCAAUACCUCUCAGUUCCACAUCUCUAACUCAUGUUAUUCUCCAUGCAGCUCUAACAGCAGUGGUCCAAACACAGCAGACUGUGCUGGCAGCAGUGGGAGAAGAUGCUGAAUUCAGCUGUCAGCUCUUGGACACUGAAGACGUCCUUCAGGUCACAUGGCAGAAAAUCUCACGUGAUGUGGAGACAAAUGUUGCCACCUACAGCAAGUACUAUGGUCAGAGAGUGAAUGAUGGCUUUAACGAUAAAGUCAAGUUUAAAUACACUGGACUACAGAACUGCUCCAUAGUCAUCAGGAAUGUGACGGAGCAGGAUGAAGGAUGCUAUCACUGUCUGUUUAACACUUAUCCUGAAGGCUCCUUCACUGGUAGAACCUGCUUCCAAGUCUAUGAGCUGCAUGAACCUGUUGUUGAUGUCAGAGAGUCAAACUCUGCUGAAGAGUGGGUUGUUUCCUGUUCAGCCACUGGUCGACCUGCUCCCACUGUAACACUCUCACAACAACACCUCAGCUUCUCACAGUACAACACUGUCAGUGUGUCCAACACCAACGCUACAUUCACUGUCACCACUACAGCUGUGCUCUCAGGUUCACGUAAACACAGCACACAGGUGGGAUGUGCAGCACGAGUGCUCUCUGCUCCUCACAGAGAGGUGAUGGAGACGAUUCCUGAGGUCCAGCAGACGUCAGAUUAUCAGUGAUGGUGAGAAACUGAGAUGCAAUAACAAUGCAUUGUGCUAGUAUGCAUUUUCUCUUUGAUCAAUAAUUGAUGUAUUCAUUUUGAUCAGUGUCACAUUUUUCCUGCUUUUUCAAGUUUCCUCCUGGAUCAUUGUAUUAGCUGCAGUAUUGGUGAUGAUGGUCUUUGUCAGUGUUGCUGCUCUGCAGCUACUCUUUAAAGAAAAAGACCAGAUAACUUUCAUUUUUCAUUUCUUGUCAUUUUUUUCUACACCAAAAUCUAUCCAAUAAUAUCUGCAUAACAUUUUCUACUUGUGAUUUAGUUAUUAAUUCUUUGCUUCAUGAUUCAAUCGGUCUUUGUCUAGUAUUAAAUUUUAUGUUUCCCAUUUAAUCCCACUGGCUUUAAAGUGUUUCACCAGAUUUUUACGAAGUAUUUCCAGUCUUUUGUUGUCUCUGUCCCAAAUGUUCUGAAAUGUGUUGCAUGUAUUAAAAGAAGUUGGACCAAAAAAUGUACUAUGUACUUAUAAACUUACAUUUAUGAAAGCUGAACAAACAUUGAUGUACUCGACUUUUGUAACAGUGAAAAGGCGAUCUGUUUUUAUUGAUAAAUAUAUAUGUUUGCAUUACUGUUAUUUAGAUUGCCAUGUUAGAACGUAGCAAACAACAUUGUUUGUUCCUCUAUGGUUUCUUUAUUUUUACAAAUCUAAAUGUUUUUUGUCAAAAGAUUAAUAAUUUCAUAUUGAGGUCAGAUGGUCAGCAGUUUUGAUGUUUUUGCAGAGAUUUUAUUUUUUGCAAAAUAGCACAAGUAAACAUUAAAAGUAGUUCCUAAAUCAAGGCAUUUAUUAUUAAGGCGGCCAUUAUUAUGGCCCUGUGUGGAAAAAGUGAUUGCCCCCUAAACCUAAUAACUGGUUGGGCCACCCUGAGUAGAAACAUCUGCAAUAAAGCGUUUGGGAUAACUGGCAAUGAGUCCUUUACGAGGUGCUGGAAGAAUUUCUGCCCACUCAUCUUUGCAAAAUUGUUGUAAUUCAGCCACACUGGAGGGUUUUUGAGUAUGAACCACCUUUCCAAGGUCACAGCACCUCAAUCAGAUUCACGUAUGAACUUUGGCUAAGCCAUUCCAAAGUCUUUAUUUUGUUUUACUUAAGCUGCUUAGAGGUGGACUUGUUGGUGUGCUUUGGAUCAAGUGCACUUCAGCUUGUGGUCGUGAACAGAUGGCCAGACAUUCUCCUUCAGGAUCCCAGAAACUGGAUUCUGUUCAUCUUGACGUUGCAUCUCCAGACUGAGAGAUCUCAAUGAC